AAGCUCUGAACCCGGCCAUGGCGGAUGCAAACUCAUCUCCCCACGUCGUUGUCGUCUCAAGCCCAGGAUUAGGCCACAUCACCCCUUUCGUUGAGUUAACAAAGCUCCUCGUUCUCCGCCACCACUUCACUGCAACAAUAAUAACUUUCUCCGACCUCCCCUUUUCCCUUCCUUCUUCCAUCUCCACAAUCCAACUCCCCGUCCUAGAACUCCCCGCCGACACCGACAUCGGCGUCCGCAUAUCCCUCACCAUGGCCAACUCUGUCUCUCCACUCCGACAAAUCCUCAUCUCUCUCCAGCAGACGACCCGAAUCGCCGCUGUCAUCUUCGACCUCUUCGGAGUCGACCACUUGUCAAUGGUCAAAGAGCUCCACAUCCCAACAUACCUUUUUUUAACCUCGAACCUGUUUUUCCUAUCCUUCAAGCUCCACCUCCCAGCACUCGACGAGUCCACCGUCGGCGAGUUCCGAGACUUGCCGGAGCCACUGAAGCUGCCCGGUUGCGUUCCCUUAAAAGGCGUGGAUUUCUUGUCUCCUUUACAGAAGAGGGAGAGCGAGACUUGUGCCAUUGUGGUGCACGGAGCAAGAAAGUACAAUAAUGUCGAUGGAAUUCUAGUGAACAGCUUUGAAGCCUUGGAAGCAGGCGCCGCCAAGUUUCUAAAACAGAGGGGCGGUGGAAAGCCUCCGGUUUGGCCUAUCGGGCCACUUACAGCGUCGGACUCAGAUAUGUGGUAUGAAGAUCACUCACAUGACUGCAUAGAGUGGCUGAAUCGGCAUCCAAGUGGGUCGGUCAUCUUCAUCUGUUUUGGCAGCGGCGGUGCUCUGUCAUGGGAGCAGACGCGAGAACUUGCGCUCGGAUUAGAGAUGAGCGAACAGAGAUUCCUAUGGGUGGUGCGGGCGGCGUGCGACACCGGGCUGAGUGGCAGUUUUUUUAACCCGAAUCAGAGCAGAGAUGACCCUAUGGAGUUUCUUCCUGAAGGAUUCGUGGAGAACACGAAGGAGAGGGGGAUGACGGUGAUGUCAUGGGCGCCACAGCGUCAGGUGUUGGGCCAUAAUGCGACUGGUGGGUUCGUGUCUCAUUGCGGGUGGAACUCCGUGCUGGAGAGCUUGGUGAAUGGUGUGCCGAUUGUUGCGUGGCCGCUUUACGCAGAGCAGAAAAUGAAUGCGGUUUUGCUUGAGGAAGGCGCGAAGGUGGCGCUGAGGGUGAAGGAAGGGGAGAAUGGGGUGGUGAGGAGGGAGGAAGUGGCGAAGGUUGUGAAGGAAUUGAUGGAAGGUGAGGAAGGGAAGCAGGUGCGACGGGGAAUGCAGGUGAUGAAGAAAGAGGCGGCGAGGGCUGUGGGGAAAGAGGGGUCUUCUUAUAAGGCGUUGGAGGAAUUGGUUGGUAUUUUGAAAGACAUUGCUGCUGCGUAAGUUAUCCAAUAAUUAAUGUUUCAUGUAUUUUAUUGACGCCGGAGCUAGUUUCCGUUUUAAUUAAUUUUUGUGUAGCAAAAAAACGUUGUUGCCUUUAGUUAAAUAUUAUGCCACUAGGUGAAUAAACGGCGGACAGAAUUUGAGAUUCACUUUUUUCA